AUGUCUUCAGUGGUUUUGAAGGAAAUUGUCGACCUCAUUGCUGGCCCCCUCACCCAUGUUAUCAGUGGCACCUUGGCAGCCAGUGUCUUCCCUGAAUGUUUGAAGCUUAGUAGAGCAGUGCCUAUUUUCAAAGAAGGCAACCCUGAGAAACUGAAAAAUUAUAGGCCUAUAUCCCUGGUUCCUGUGAUAGGCAAGAUCAUCGAACACAUUAUCCAGAAGCAGCUGUCAGACUUUUUUGAAGAUAAUGGUCUAAUGUUGAAUAGGCGAUUUGGUUUCAGGAGGGGCCAUUCAACUUCAGAAUCUUCGACAACCGGGAGCACUUCAGCAAGUCUUGUCAGUGUAGCUGAAAAUGGAGGUCUAGUACUCCUAGCUACAGCUCUAGUCAAUGUAUCCUCAAUCAACGGCCAGUCAUUAGUAGUGCGUGCUAUACUUGACAGCGCCUCGCAAAAUACUAUAAUCACACAGCAUUGUGCUACACUUUUGCAACUACAGCGAACAAAAGCAAAUGUCCCUUCUAUAAUGGGAAUUUCUUCUGCCAAAGUAAAUUCAAGAGGCAUCUCUCAUGUGUCACUAUCCACUCUUAGUGGACAUGUUUUUGCUGGUUCACAUCCUGUGCUUAUUCUGGACAAAAUUUCAAAUAAUCAACCAGCCGUUCAGUUACCUAACUCUGUGAAAUCCACACUUAAGGGUUACACUCUUGCUGACCCAACAUUUGAUUUGCCUGGUCCCAUCGACCUACUCAUCGGAGCGGAUCUCUUCCCUCAAACUCUACUCGGAUCCUCAGUCAGUCUUGGAGCUAACAUGCCAUAUGUUCUCAACACUAUUUUUGGCUAUGUUGUAAUAGGUACCACACCUAUCUUCAAAUCAGUUUCAUACCCUAUGGGCACUUCUACAUUCUUAUCUACCACUGAUAUCGAUCUUCACUCUACUCUACAGAAGUUUUGGUCUCUCGAAGAACCACCUUCAAUACCUCUUCUCUCGCCUCAAGAUAAAGACUGUGAAAAACAUUUCAUCGAGACACAUUCUCGUACUCCUAAGGGUAGAUAUGUAUGUCGCAUACCUUUCAAAGACAGUCCUUCUAAGUUAGGCGAUUCAUCUAACAUUGCCAAACGCACUUUUCAGUCACUAGAGCGCAAAUUUCAAACACAGCCAGAAUUCAAGAAAAAAUAUUCUGAAUUUAUGGAGGAUCAUAAGUCAUCUGGUCAUAUGAAACUAGUAGAUUCAGAUUUGAAUCUUUCACAUCCACACUGUUUCUUACCCCAUCAUGGAGUUUUCAAAGACGGAAAAAUCAGAGUAGUUUUCAACGCUUCGGCUCCUACAUCCACUGGUGUAACCUUAAAUAAUAUUCAGCAUCUAGGACCUAAACUACAUAGUGAAAUAUCCGAUAUAAUCUUUCGAUUUCGACAGCAUAAAAUAGUACUACUGUGCGACAUAAGACAAAUGUUCAGACAAAUUGAGAUUCAUCGUGAUGAUCAAGUUUUCCAGUUGAUUUAUUGGAGAGAGAAUGAAAGUUUUCCUCUACAGAUCUACCAGCUAACUACUGUUACUUAUGGACUUUCCUCUUCACCGUACUUGGCUAAUAGAGUUGUGAAACAGUUAAUAACUGGCGAGGGUGAGAACCACCAACUUGCGGCAAAGGCCCUGAAAAAUCAGAUAUAUGUAGAUGAUGCUGUGUUAGGCUGUAACUCCAUUGAAGAAGCAUUGGAACUUCAACGGGACGUCAUCAAUCUCCUGCAGAAAGGCGGUUUUGAGCUCCGCAAAUGGUCUUCUAACCAUCCAAAACUACUCGAUCAUCUUCCAAAGAAUUUUUGUGAAACCCCUCACAUAUUUCGUUCUACAGGUCAAUCGUACCACAGUGUAUUAGGCCUAAAAUGGAUUUCUGAAACAGAUGAAUUCUCUUAUAUGAUCAAUAAACCUUCUGAGAUCAUAACAAAACGGUCUGUCCUCUCUACCAUAGGACAGAUUUUUGACCCGAUUGGAAUGUUAGCCCCUAUUAUUUUUUGGGCUAAGACCCUAAUGCAACACAUAUGGACGUUAGGACUCGACUGGGACACACAACUCCCUCAGCCUAUAGCUGAAAAAUGGUCACAGUUCAUUCUAGAGCUACCAAACAUAGAAACUCUCAGAAUACCUCGAUACUUACAUUUAGCCAAUUGUGUAAAUAUUGAACUACAUGGAUUUUCCGAUGCAAGCGAGUGUGGUUAUGCAGCUUGUGUUUAUCUUAGAGCUGAAGAUUCUUCUGGAAAUGUCAAUGUGAAUCUGUUGAUUGCAAAGUCAAAAGUUGCACCGUUGAAACGUGUAACAAUUCCGAGAUUGGAAUUAUGUGGUGCUCAUCUGUUAGCAAAAUUGUUAAAUUAUUGUCACGAGCAAUUUUCUAGCUCUUACAAAACUUCCAUGUUUGCAUGGUGUGACUCCAGUAUCGCCCUGUCAUGGAUUAAAACCCCGUCUUAUCUACUCAAGCUUUUUGUUGCUAAUCGUGUGGCUCAAAUACAAGAACUUAUACCUAUUUGUACAUGGAGACAUGUGUCUACCAACGAUAAUCCUGCGGACUACGCUUCUCGCGGGUUAACCGCCUCAAGCCUACUUCAUCUUGAGCAGUGGUGGUCUGGUCCCCAAUGGCUCCAAGGAGACUCCUCUACCUGGCCUCAAACUUGCCAUAUGUUCGUCCCAGAUAAUGAGCUUCCUGAAUUGAAAACUACAACCCUCAAUCUUGUAACCACAUCGGACAAUGAUGGAUGGAUUUCAAAAUUUUCUUCGUGGAAAACUACACUACAUGUUAUGGGAUAUGUUUUGCGUUUUAUUUCUUGUCUGAAAAGUAAACAAAGGAUUACACAUCCCCUUACCAGUGAAGAACUUGAGAAUUCUGACAAACGAAUUUGUUGGCUAAUUCAAAGCUCGUCCUUUAAGGAUGAAGUCGAACUGUUGCGCAAGAACAAAGUCUGUUCUGAUCGCAUUCAACGCUUAGCACCCUUUCUGGAUUCUGAAGGAAUUUUAAGAGUUGGAGGAAGAUUAAAAAACUCUAACUUGCCUUUUUCGGCAAAACACCCAAUAAUUUUGCCAAAACGUCAUCCUGUUGUACGUCAUCUCAUUGAUUUUUACCACAAGUCUCAUCUUCAUGUAGGACCUCUGCAACUACAAGCAAUACUACAAGAGAAGUAUUGGAUAUUAUCGGCACGAAGUGUCAUCCGUUCUGUAAUAUUUGAGUGUAUUCGCUGCUUUAAGGUUAAACCUAGAACCACCUUCCCUUUAAUGGCUGACUUACCUUCAGGUCGAGUAAUUCCUACUAGAUGUUUCAACGUUUCUGCUGUUGACUAUGCAGGUCCAUUCACUGUGAAACUCUUCAAACUUCGAAAAGUACAACCCAUCAAGGUAUACCUCUGUUUGUUCAUCUGCUUCGUCUCCAAGGCGGUACAUCUUGAAGUUGUUACCGAUUUGUCUACAAACACUUUCAUUGCCUCACUAACAAGAUUUAUUUCUAGAAGAGGAUUAGUCUCAGAUCUCUACUCCGACUGUGGCACCAACUUCAUUGGCACCAGCUCAACUCUUCGGAAAACCUUUGAAGAUCUGAUGAAAUCACCAGAAACUCAGCAAUAUGCUCAAGAUAACAGAAUUACCUUCCACUUUAAUCCACCCAAAGCACCUCAUCAAGGGGGAUUAUGGGAACGCGCAAUCAAGAGCGCUAAGUAUCAUCUUACUCGAGUCAUAGGUGACCAAGUUUUGACUUAUGAAGAGUUUAUCACUUUAACAACACGUGUAGAAGCUAUGUUGAACUCUAGACCAAUCACUCCAUUAUCAUCUGACCCCAAUGACUUGGAACCACUCACACCAGGACAUUUCCUCACUGGAGGACCAUUAGUUUCUUUAAUUGAACCUUAUCUUCUAGACUCUACACCUGUGCAGCAUUGGAGAAGAGUUCAAGCUUUCUCACAACACAUCUGGCGUAGGUGGAAUAGAGAGUACCUCCAAACACUUCAAGAGCGUUCCAAAUGGACCAAACCUCAGAAGAACCUAAAGAUAGGAGAUAUGGUUAUUAUACAUGAUGACAACUUACCUCCACUGUCUUGGAAAAUGGGACGUAUCCUCGAAGUUUCUCCUGGCUCCGACGGAACCGUGAGAGUGAUACCAGGUUGUGACAGUUGGUGGUGCCACGUCCCACGUCCUGGUCCACGCCAGGUUUGCCACGGAGUCCCUCAGGGCUCGGUCCUGGGCCCUCUUUUCUUUCUGAUUGUUGUAAAUGACCAUCUCCAAGGCAGAUCACUCCUGAUGCUGGAAGACACCUCAAUAAUAACUAGAGCCGGGAAAGUUAUGGACCGAGUUCUAAUAGAGGCAGAAGUUGCACUGGAUGCUGCUAAAAUCUGGUUCACCAGAAAUCAGCUGCAGUUGAAUGAAGACAAGACCCAGAGGAUGGUCUGCACUUUAAGCAAAACAAGGAAUUUUGAUCACCAAAGCAACGUGAAAUUGCUGAGCUUCAGCCUGGACCCUAGUUUACCUGGGAACAACAUAUUAGUCAUGCAUGCACAGAAACUUUACAUUCCUCGAUGCAGGUUAUCAAGAUCCUUGGCAGCCCAUCCCGUUCGAGCCAUGCGAUUCUACAACAUGUUACCGCCUCGGGCCCACACUGAAGACAUGAAAACUUUCUCCAUGCAGCUUUUUAACAAGCUCGCAAAUGAGCCGCUGUACUCUUUUGAGGAAGUGUCUGGCGAAAGACUUAGAGACUCUGUACUCAAGGAAUGGUUAAAAACAGCCUAUGUUGCAUUUUUUUCGAGUGUUCUUCUGUAUGGUUUGCGUCUGGUGGGGCUCCGCAUGUGGGGUCGAGAGGGUCAUGCUUUUGCAAAAGAAAGCAAUAAGGAUUGUGACUGUCAAGCUGUCAACUCCAACCCAACUGUCACUGUCACUGUCACUGUCACUCUCACUCACUCAGUCAAGUCAAGUGCUAAAGACAAGAAGAGCUCAAACAAACUUAAACCAAACCUCCCCAAAUAA